AUGGAUAAAGCCACAUUUCAUUCGGAAAAGGUGGAGGCAUCACCACUUGACGAUUCACCUAAACAUCAGAAGGCAAGCGUUGGAUCCGACGCCCAGUCGACCCACAAGCCAUGGGAUAUAAUUGUCAAGUACCCAACCUCAACUAAUGCCGCUGAAUCGUCCUGGUGGCGGGACAUUGGCCCGCUCCUUGGCCGACUUUUGCAAGUAACCGGCUACUCUGUGCCUAUGCAAUUCGAGUAUCUAAUCUUCGCGCGGAAUCACAUUGAUCCCGCCCUGGGACCGUACCCGCAGCGCUGGCCAAGCGUCAUGACCUAUACCGACCUACCGAUUGAGAUGAGCGUGAAUUUCCAGGAUCAUCAUGCAUCGACUGUGCGUGUGGGCAUCGAGCCGAUCAGUGAGUUCGCGGGAACAUUCAGCGAUCGAUUUAACCAGACUGCUACGGAGCGGUUAGUUGGCCGGCUGUCUACGUUGGGAGGGCUGGAUCGCAGGCUGUACCAUCAUUUCGCUAGGGAUUUUGGGAUCACUGAAAUGGAAACAAUGAAGGCGAAGCAAGGGGAUUUUAAGAGGGACUCGGUACAGUCAACGUAUAAUAUAGGGUUCACCUUUGAAAGAAUGGGGGCAGCUAGUGUGGACACAAAGGGGUAUGUGUUUCUCAGGUUGAAGGAGAGGGCAUCUGGCGUGCCUAUGCAACAGUUACUACGUGAAUCAUUGAACCAGCUGGAUGUGACAGCAGAGAGAAGAGACAGAAAAGCAGUUCAAAAGGUGAUCGAGUACAUGGAAGAAGGAGGGGGAUUCAAUGAGUACACAUACCUGGCUUGGGACUUUGUCGACUCGGCCAAGUCCCGAAUCAAGGUUUAUGGGGUACUCGGGGAUUUGAGGACGGAAAAGGUCACGGAAGUAUGGACCAUGGGUGGAAGGCUGAAGGAUCCGGCUACGGUGCAGGGCCUGGAGUUGGUCCGACGGCUAUGGGACCUGCUGAACGGCAAUAGUCAGCAAGGCCAACAGCCUUCUAAAGCGCCCAUACUGAUGUGGAACUAUGAGAUCCGACCGGGCCGCGAUGAGCCCAUCCCGAAGCUGUACCUCCCUCUUCUUGGGCGGAACGACAUGUUCGUGGCCAAGACGCUGGCGCGCUUCUUUGACUCCCUCGGUUGGGCGGACGAGGCUCGGAGCUAUGUGGCUAACGUGCAGUAUCUGUUUCCGGAUGAAGACCUUGAACAGUCAGCCCGGCUUCACUCGUGGGUGUCGCUAGCGUAUACCAGCCAGGCGGGGGUCUAUAAUGAAGGCUUGGGAUAA